UCCCCUUACUUACACACACACACUUGGACAAAGCUAAACUUCUUUAUUCUAAUUUUGCUCAAUUUAUAAACACUUGAAGAACAACUUUUCAUGGAAGGUAAUCACAAUUUCCAAGUCUUACUUGUGUUUACUUUUGUUCGAUUCUGAUAGAAUUCAAAGUUGUUACCUUGAAGAAAUUAAACAAAGGUUGAAUAUUAUAACCCUGCUUCUUCCAUGACGCUAGCUCAACCAGGAGACAAGGAGGAUCGGACAGAAGUACGAAAUUCCGAUCUUUCUACUUCCAUGUGUAGCUAUGAAGUAGUUAUAGUCAUGGUUCCAUUUCCAGUUCAAGGCCAUCUCAAUCAACUUCUUCAACUUGCCUGUUUAAUCUCCUCAUCAUAUGAUCUUCCUGUCUAUUAUGUUGGCUCAGCCACACUUAACCGUCAAGCUCGGGUUCGAGCCAACGCCUUAAAUUCUUCAGACAUAGCCAAAAUCCACUUCCAUGACAUUCCAACUCCUGAAUUUGCCUCACCUCCACCUGAGUUUAGUGCCUCGAGCAAAUUCCCAUCACAUCAUCGGCCAUUAUGGGAUGCAUAUUUGCUUAUGCGCGAGCCUAUUGCUUCCGUUUUACACGAUAUCUCCUCGAAGUCAAGACGAGUCAUUGUUAUUCAUGAUUAUUUGAUGUCCUCCAAUGUUCAGGAUGUUUCUUCCUUUCCCAAUGCUGAAUCCUAUGUAUUUAAUUGCAUAUCAGCUUUCACUUUGUACAGCGUUUCAAGCUUACUUAGUGGAAUGUCUGUACAAUUUGGAGAAACGUUGCUUAAAAAGCUACCCUCCCCUGAAGGAGUGAUGCCAGAUGAAGUCAAGGACUUGAUAGAUUCUCAGCAUCCCUAUACGGAUAUUAGAUCAGGUGAUAUCCAUAAUACAAGCAAAGUGAUUGAAGGCGAGUUUCUUGAUUUGCUGGCACAAGUAGAAAGUAAACAACAAUGGGCAAUUGGACCAAUUCAGCCUACUAAACAAAAUCAUAUCUCAAAUAGCAACAAUAUAUGUUUGGAGUGGCUUAACAAACAACCUCCAAGAUCAGUUCUUUAUAUAUCUUUUGGAACAGCAACUUCAUUUUCGGAUAGAGAAAUCAAGGAGCUCGCGAUGGGAUUAGAACGAAGCAAACAGAAGUUCAUAUGGGUGUUAAGAGAUGCCGAUAGAGGAGAUAUUUUUACUGAGGAAGCUAGAAAAGUUGAGUUGCCAGAAGGGUUUGACGAAAGAGUAAAAGGGAUUGGGUUAGUGGUGAGAGAUUGGGCCCCACAACCAGAAAUCUUGGCUCAUUUGUCCACAGGCGGGUUCAUGAGUCAUUGUGGAUGGAAUUCUUGUAUAGAGAGUAUUACUAUGGGGGUGCCUAUAGCUGCUUGGCCUAUGCAUUCUGACCAACCGAGAAAUAGUUUCUUGGUGACGGAAAUGUUGAAAACAGGCCUGAUUGUGAGGGAGUGGGAGAAACGCGAGGAGCUGGUGAGUGCAUCUACCAUUGAGAACAUCGUGAGCAAGCUGAUGGCAUCUGAAGAAGGUGAUGUAAUUAGGAAAAGAGCAGAAGAAUUGGGAGAAGCUGUAAGGCGUUCCACAGAGAAAGGGGGUGCUUCUCGUAUAGAAUUGGAUGCUUUUAUCGCGCAUAUCACAAGAUAGACUUGCUUUUCACCAGAAAUUUCAAGUACUUUGGUUACUUUUCAUUCUCAUUGAAAGUUAACUGUCACUUGUCUGCUUCUUGUCUCAGACUAGUUUAUACUAUCUUAUAUUUGUUUGUUCUUGGAAUGUUCAGUAUCUAACUUUUUAUGGCUAUCAUUGAGAUGCUUGCUUUGUAUUUCUCUCUUAAUGAUCGUGUAUACAUUUCUCAGUUGUUUGCAUAUGCUAAAUUGGAUG